AUGGCACCUGUCUCCUUUGAGGUUCAAGCGAGCUAUGCGCCGCUCAUCGUAGUGGCAUCUCACAUUGCUACAGUGAUUUACUCGACGUGUGUUAUCAGCCUUGGUCUACACCAAUCAUACACGGAACUACGUCCCUCACAAGACACCCGCCUACGUAUCACCAAGCGCAAGAAGGCCACCCCAGUCUUUGCCGUUCUGGCACUACUGAGUCUGGCUACUGCUGCCUAUCAUGCCGUCAACUACGUGGUAUUAUCCUACAAGGUUUGGGCCGACGAGCGAGGUGUCGUACUUCCCAAUAGCUUGAUUGGGGCCACAUCACCGGUGACGAAUGGAACAAGUGCCGCCCCUUUAUACGUCAGGAUGUGGCUUACGGACACGCCCAUCUACCGGGAUGCUCUUGAGAUAGUCGCAGAGAAGGGACGUCGUUUCUGGUGGGCCAAUCAACGAGCCCUUGCAACGACGUCCUGGAGCAUGCUGUUGGCGAUUGAAGGUCGUCGUCGGAAGAUACCCUUCCUCGUGGGUUACCUUCUGCUCGCCCAGCUCGUCAAUCUGUCCUUCGCACAGAAUCUUUUCUACCUCUCCUUGCUCCUCACACCAUCUCCACUUGAGAGUAGCACGGUCUCAUCGGACUCAAGGCUAUCGAGACUUUUGGCCAGAGCGUUCCCACCCAAGCCAAACAACUGGUGCCCUAACCCAGCCUUGUUCCUGGGCCUACUCAUGCUUAACUAUGCCUCACUGGCCUUGCUUCCGGCUGUAGCGGGAGGCCAGUUGUUCCCCAUCGUAACGGGGCUGACGACACUUUUUACUUUUGGGGUGGUGAUUCUACCAGUUAUCGUCCCGGAAUCGUGGGGGACCGUCCAUGCACAUCCUCACAAUGCCUACAGCGCUUUCACGAGCCUCUUCCGAUUCAUCUCCCUCGCUAGUACCGCUCUUCACUGGAAGGCCAGCAUUUCCGGCGUCCUUGACAACCUCCCUAGAUCGUACGAGCAUCGACACAGCAUCUUAAUGCCAUUAGGCACAGAAGAGCGUUCAAACUGGGAGCGAACUACGACAGCUGCUGGGAGGGUCCUGGGCUCGAUAUCAGACCAUCCAGUCGUUGCUGCCGUGGGCAGCGAUGUCCUUCUGAGCGCCCUUAGUAUCGGGUUGUGGGCGGCUGUGCGCGCCAUCGACGUUGACAGUAUUCUCGCAGCCUCAACCCCGUAUUACAAGUGCGCAGCCAGUACACUCUCCACCCCGACAGCGCUUGUGACAGCCGAUGGCGAGAGCACAGCCGAAGAUGAGCAUUUGAACCAAGAGUCAGAGCAGCCAACAACGGUGCGACGUCGCGGCCGGCCAAGGAAGUCGAGACUUCCCAGUAUCAGCACCCCUAAUGAUGCCAAUGAUGCCAAUGAUGCCAAUGAUGCCGUGGCUACAUCCGCGACGGCUCCCAGGAAACGAGGUCGGCCACGCAAGGUCAAGCCCAACCUGGAUGAAGCCCCUGGCGACGAGACUUACGUUCCCUCUCCCAGCGUUGCCGGAAGUGUCAUUGAGGGCGACGAGGUAUUGACAGAGGACGACUGGGAAGCCGCGUCCCUUGCAUGGGGCUUGACGGCUCUCGGAGGACUGGGGGCCGGCUCUGCUGGCGUGUUUGGUGCUGAGUGUAUAUCCCGGUAG